UGAAUCGAGUGUAGCGCAUCACUAGAGAAUCUUUCGCGGCAUUGAGUGGCCGCCAGCACUUGCAGCCGGCUAGCGAAUUAACACGACAAUAUCUUAAACACAGAUUUUUGAUUUGAAUUUGGAAUCGCUUCUGGACUUCAAGAUCAAAAUCUCGAAAUCAGAGAAGAAAAUUCACCCACCCACAACUAUCCACAUCUGAAACCAGCGGCACAAUGGAAAGUUGCGGAGGAAAUAUGAUGCAGCGCAGCAAUAAUCAUCAUGCAUCAACAUUUGUAUCAAGAAGGUUAAACAAGAAGACAUUUAUAGAAAAAAAGAUAUCCACUACGAGAAUCAUCUGGAAAGGUGAAGCAUUCUCAACACGCGGGUCAGCCGUUGUUCACGCGGCUGCUGCGCCGGCGCCGCAGUGGACGCCGCCCAAUCAGCGGUUCUCGCGGAAUGCUUGCUACCUGUGUUCACGCAUGCUCUUAGACCUAAAUCGUGAAGAGGAAUACCUGUACCGUGAAACGUUCGAGAGAGAACACUUCACGUCAGUUGUCAAGGCGCAAGUUGGUGAGCAGGUCUACCUCUGCACACUCACGCGCGAACGACGAAUCACCGUUGGCAGUAUCCGGGGGAAUCCUUGCAUCAGGUGCGGACGAAAUGGCAGCGUUUUACUGGAAGAGAACUACUCAUCGGUGACCUGGCUAUCCCAAGAGAUGACUGUCUCCCACCAAACCACUGGCUCCUUGGACGCGUCAGUCGUCUCUAAUCCCGCAGUGACGGCAUCGUGCGUGUCGUCGACGUCAGAACGUCAACAGGAACUUUAAAGGAAAUGUGCAAUUGUUUUUGUCUUCUGCGUAAUAUUUCUUCUUUAAUUUUGACAGUUACCACUUUUUUUGUUAAUGGAUGAUAAUGCAAUGGUAACCCCGCCUGCGCUAACGGUAUAUACUGGCGGGGAACCAGUAAGAGAUGAUAGGUGAGAAUGAAAAAGCAGGUCAGUUAGCCCAUCGUAAUGAAUUCACUAGAAUUCAGUACAUUGGUUUUCAAGGAGGACCACGUGGAGGUCGACCUGGUUGGGCAUAUUGCUAACAAUGGGACUGGUAGUCCGCAUUAUUAACAAUCCCCCUCCCCGACAGUUAACAGUUACACUAACUGGUAAUUUAACCGACUUACCUACAUAUUUGUAUGUACAUCAUCGAAAAGCUAAAGUUAAUAGUCAGGAUAAAAGACGUACAAGCGAAUUAUUUACUGAACGAAGCACAGUUUUAUUGUGUUUCCGCGUUGUUUUAUAGCAGGUACUGGCAUAAGAAUCAUUUAUUUAUACUACAUUAGUAUAUAAAUAUAUUUAUAAUAAAAAAAUAGCCCUGGCAUUAUAUUAGAAUAUUGCUGAGGUUAGAUAAUACAAGUACAUGUAUUAUAAUGCUAGGUUGCCUCGGCGCAAUCACAAUUUCUUAAAUAGCCUCGAAAUAUAUUUUACGUUAUUUUUUGUCACUGAUUCAGUUCUAACAAUUUUAACAUAGACGUACAAGACUUUGUAAAAAUUACAAAAUAUACAGAUUAAAUAAUGUAAACUCGACGAAUAACAUUUACACAUAGUAUUUUCUCUAAAUAAUCUUUUAAAAAUUUGCAAAUAAUAGAUUUAUGUUAAUGUUUGAAGUUAAUUUACCACAAAAUGUGACUGUAGCCUAAAAUUAGAUUUACCUGUUAAAUUAAAAGUAAACUGUCAAUGUUAAAGCUGAAACAUUACUACUACUACUUACUAUUGUUAAUUUCGAAAAGUUGAUUAUGUAUG